GGAGCAUCUGGUUCCAGAAGAACACUGUCAGAUUCGCACAACUAGUCACAAUGGUGGUACGAGGAAUAAAGGCUGUAGCUCAGGCCAGGAAUGGCGUCGGGGCAUUCAUCCUACAAUGCAAGCGAUUGGACUUUACUUAUUGCGACUGGGCAGGCAGCUCCAAAGGCAUGCUCUCCUUCCUGAAAGAAGAACUCCCAGCCUUUGCCCGCGCAAACCCCCAGAUCGAAAUCCGCGUAUCCCCGCGACCAACCAAACAUCCAGUCGUCAGAGGACACUACAUAAACGGCCGUGAAAAGGCAAUAUGCGUUCGCAAUUUCAAACCGGACGAAAUCAUGGAAAAGGUCAAUCUGCUCAAACAGGCUAGUGGUGAAAAGUUGAAGAGGCAGAAGAAACCCGUGACAAGUCUCAAUGAGAGUGUUAGAGGUAUUUGGUCACCGUAUCACGGUGAUCUCAAGAUGGUUUGAGGUUUCUUAUCUUGAUAUAUAACAGCGCAGAUUCGGAGUUACUAUCGUCUUUACUGGGAUUUGGAUUAUUAUUUUCCGUGUAUCAUAUUUUGCAUGUCCGCCAUACUAUACCGGUCACUAUACUCAGUAUGAAGGAGUUCAACUAUUAUGAAUAAAUCGUGCAUUCGACAUCUCAUGCUAUG